UCCACUCAUGCACAAAACCACUGUGGACAUCAUACCUGACCUCCUGAGGAAGCUGCGGCUUUCAGUCUGAUCUCUGGAAGCUGCAGCGGCAGCAGCAGACGACAUGAAGCCCAAAUCUCUGCCCUCCAGGCUGUUUGACAGACAACCAGCAGCAGCAUCAGGUGAGACUGUGAGUGUCAGUGCUGCGAAGUAUCAGCGCCAUGUGGACUGUGAGGAGCAGCUCUCCUCCGAGGACAGCCAGCCGGAGGCCGGCAGCAGCAGACACAAGGAGAAACAUCUCAGGGAAUUACAGCUGGCCUUUCUGCCUGAGAAGUACGAGAAACUAAUAGAUGAUGAGGAUAAAGUCAAGGCCAAAGAGGAGAAGAAGAAAAGGAAGAAAGAAAACUACAAGAAAGUCAGGAAGAAUGUCGGGAAGGCCCUCCGCGCUACUUGGAAGUGUUUCAAGCUCGGCCUGUAUAAUUUUGCUCUGGCCUACUCCACUCCCAUCACAGUGGCAGCUGCUUUUGCCCCUGACUUUCACCCAGGAAGAGACAGGACCUGAGCCGGGCUGAGAACACUGACCAAAUACUGUUUCUAAUGUUUAAAAAUACAUUUUUGUGUUAAAACCCUCAUGUUCUCUGACAGUGUAAUAUAAGUAAUGUAUGAUUUCUUCUAUUAUUUUUUAGGAAAUGUUCAUGUGUCACUGACAUAUGAUAUAUAGUAUAUGUAAUACUGUAAGAGUUCGGGAGUUCGGUUAGAGUCGGAGGGGCCCCUGUGACCUUCAGUGCCCAGGGGCCUCUGGAAUUACUAAUCCAGCCCUGUGUGUCAGUAAUGAUGGCAUUUUCAUUUAUACUGCAAAUAAUGGUGCAAUUAUUAAUGGUUUUUUUUUUUUAUUUGUACUUUUAUAUCUCUCCCCAUAUUAAGAAUGCAGUGUACAUAUUAAGUAUAAUCCCACUGGGCUCUGUAGAAACACAUGGGAAUCAUAAAAUCCAAUCUAUAUUCUGUAAAACUGCUGUGAGGAUAAAUCACGCGUUCUGUAUACAAUUACUGAUCUUGUGUUUUGGUAUGAAAAGAAUUAAGCAUCUUUUUGUGACUCAGGGAAUGAUUUUAGUCAGUAUGUAAAGAGCAAGUAAGAGCAUGUGAUGAUGAGACAGCAAGAACAAGAUGUUUUACUCUCUACAAGAGAAAGUCGACAAAUAUGAAUCGAGAGCAAACACAGUGAGAAAUAAGUGAACUUAUUUGACACGUGUGGAACAACAUAAGUGGUGAUCUGAAGUAUAUUGGAUGUAAUAUUUGGGAGAUUUUGAGCUUGAUGGAUUGGCAACCUGUCCAGGGUGUAUAUACUGUAUAUAUUUACAACAAUGUCAGUCACUGUGUCUGGUUUCUCCUUGGAGAGAUUUACAGAGGGGCGCUAUGUGAAAGUUGUUCAAUUUCAGAGGUGUGAUACAUUUUCGGUUUUGUCAAAUACAUGCUAUUGCUUGACGUUGAAUGACUGUUUUUUUUCAAAAACGUUUUCUCAUUAUUUUGCAGUAUAUUGUGCAAAAAUAAAA